AUGUUUUUGAAACCACUCACCAUUCUUUUUUUGGUACAGAUGAUGCAUUUGUGUCAAUCAGCUGUUGUUCGCAAAAUGUUGACAAUUCCUGAGUGGAAACGUUUGCCAUUUAACAGUUUUGGCUGUCAACAAGGAAAGGUAGCUGAUGUUGCUCUAUUCCUUGACACAUCCCAACAUUUGACGGAUAAACAAUUUGAAAAUCAGAUUCAAAGAGCAGAGCAAAUGGUCCGCUUAUUUCGUAAUUUCAAAACCAAUGACAGGCAUCGCUAUAAUCGCAUAGCUAUCAUCACAAUUUCUGAUUCAAUAGUGAAACAUGUUGUAAAGUUCAAAAGCCAACUGAACUCUCCCAAAUACUCCCGUACUGAUGAAUUGGUGCACAUUCUACGAAAAUUGCACAAAAACAAUGAAACAUACAGUACAAGUGAAUCAAGAAACGGAAAUGAAAUGUUGGCUUUGAAGCAGCUGAAGCGUUUAUCAUCAAAAAUGAGAAAAGAAGUAGCUCAUGUGGCAUUUUAUUUCUCAGCUGAUGAAACAGUCAGCAAGACAGACUUGAGACGAGCUAAGUUUAUUCGCAAAUUAGGAAUCUACUUCGAUAUUGACGCCUCAGUAAAGAAACUUUUGGAUAUGAAACAUUGUGACAUGCAAAUCAGCCCUCCUGAUGAAAGCCCAAGACCAAUAUGUGUUGCAAAACGUAUGGUUAAUUUAUUGCUUGGUAUUGACCCAAUUACCUUGGAUGGAAGCAAGACUAAGAAAAUUCAACAUUUUAUUCAGAGCCUCAGAAAAGAACUGGAAGAAGCAAAUGGAGCUAAAAUCCUGAUUGAAGAAGUUAAACCCACAACAGAUCAUUUGUUACAAGUUGAAGAUGCGGAACAAUUAACAAGUCAUAAAGAAGAAAUCCUCAAGUGCAUCUGCAAAGGUUGGUGA